CUGCUUCAUUCAUUGUCAUUCCACUGAGGCGCUAAGUGACGGAGCGGACGUCCCUCCGAAUUAACUCCGAAUUAACUCCGAAUUAACUCCGAAUUAACUCCGAAUUAACCCGAACAUAGCGUGUUUUGCUGCGGUGAGGAUGAUGGUGACGAGGUUACACCCGCUGCUCGUGAUUGUGCUCUGUGGUACACUGAGAGUCUGUGCUCAGGCUUCAGAGACUGAGCUCCUGAAGGAUUUCGAUGUAAACUCGGCGCUGCUUGAUGAUCAGAUUAAAUAUAACAUGCGGAAAUCGGAGGAUCUGGAUGAUGAAGGUUGUUUUCUUCAGCCGGGACACAGUGAGACUCUGCAGCAGUGCGGCUUCAACACCACAGCAAGAACCAUCCUCAUCAUCCAUGGCUGGACGAUAGGGGGUGUGUUUGAGAGUUGGAUGUAUAAGCUGGUAGCAGCAGUAGUGAGGCGUGAGGGUGAGGCGAAUGUCAUCGUGGUGGACUGGCUUGGUUUGGCCCAUCAGCUUUACCCUGACGCUGUUAAUCACACACUUCACGUCGGGCACAGCAUCGCCACACUGCUCACCUGGCUGCAGGAUGAACAGCAGUUACCUCUGGAGAAUGUGCAUCUGAUUGGUUACAGUUUGGGAGCUCAUGUAGCGGGAUAUGCUGGAGCAUUCAUGCACGGAACAGUGGGCCGCAUAACAGGAUUGGACCCGGCCGGUCCUAUGUUUGAGGGAGCGGAUCCACAAAAGCGCCUGUCACCUGACGACGCAGAGUUUGUGGACGUCCUGCACACGUACACACGUGAAGCUCUGGGCGUAAGCAUUGGCAUCCAGCAGCCAAUCGGACAUGUAGACAUCUACCCUAACGGGGGGGACGUACAACCCGGCUGUGCUCUGGGGGACAUCCUGUCCUCCGCUGCCACAGGGGACUUUAUGGAGGUGAUGAAGUGUGAGCAUGAGCGGGCAGUGCACCUGUUUGUAGAUUCUCUGAUGGAUAAGGAUCACGUGAGUUUUGCGUAUCAGUGCACGGGACCCGAGCGCUUUAAUAAAGGAAUCUGUCUGAGCUGCAGGAAGAAUCGCUGUAACGGAGUCGGCUACAACACUCGCACCGUGCGCACCAGGAGGAACAGUAAGAUGUACCUGAAGACUCGCGCAGACACGCCCUUCGCCGGUUAUCAUUAUCAGAUGAAGAUGCACGUCUUUAACCGCAAACACUCGUCUGAUUCAGAUCCCACCUUUUACAUCAAGCUAUACGGAGUUCACAACGACACAGACGACAUCCAUGUUGAUAUUGCUGAUGGUGUAGGAUUGAACCUCACCAACACGUUCCUUGUGUUUACGGAGCAGGACAUCGGAGAGCUGUUGAAGAUCCGUGUGAGUUGGGAGAGUCCGACUCAGUCCAUUUCAGCAGUGUGGAGACACAUCAAGUCCUUCUGGUCCAGUUCCCAGAGUAACAAAGUGCUGCAGGUCCGCCGCAUUCGUGUCAAGUGUGGAGAGACACAGAAGAAGUUCACGUUCUGUGCUGAAGACAUGUCAGAAACAGACAUCACUCCAGGGAAUUCCCUGACCUUUGUGAAAUGUCGUGAUGGUUGGGAAGUGAAACCCAGGAAACGGAUUCUCAUGUGAGUGGACUUGUUCAUAGACACAUGUGGUUUGGGACACGACCGUUCUCUUCAGUCUGAGCACUUUUCAUCUGUGUGUGUGUGUGUGUGUGUGUGUGUGUGUGUGUGUGUCUUUUGAUACUAAUUUGUACAGGCCUAUUUAUUGUGACCUAUUUAAAUUAGCCUGUGAUUGUCACCAGCAGUGUGUGCAUGUGUGUAGGUACGUAUGUGUGUGUUACCGUGGUGAUUGUACUGUUUUGUUUUGAAAUUGUAUUUGGAAAUAGAUUUUUAUUUAUGUAAGUGGCACUGCAGUAAAACAAAUU